CACACCCCUGCUGGCGUCUGUAGCGUUGCAAACUCAAAGCCACACUCGACCGACCAUCCUGAGGGUUUACGCCAACGUCGUGGCGACGUAGCGCAGUCGACAGCAUGCCGAACGUCGAGGACGCGGACGUUCCGCUCCUCCAGAGCAACUCGCGCCGCCAGCGCGCACCACACGCCAAGAGCGACCUGCCAAUCAUGACCGACAUGGACGAAUACAUUUGCUAUGGCGACCGCGUCGCCUUCCUGUGCGAGGGGCAGCUCCUCGCGCUCACCCACAAAUUCAACUUAACAUACCAGCAGAUGGCGCUUUUGGCCGCCUCCACACUCGCCACAGGCGGACUCAUGGGCAUCGCCGGCUUCUUUGUGUGGCGUAAGGGACUUUUCCGUAAACGUUACGCCGCGCUCUUCGGUGCCGAGAUCUACAACGAGGACGAUCUCAUCGGCUCCGAGGACCCAUCGGUUGUGACGCUAGACAACGUCCCUCUAUUAGGCGGAGAUAGAGACAUUCGCAGCAAAACCCAGUCAACUUUAACCUCCAGUCGCAUCACCACAACUAGCGGCGUGGCAGGAGAGCCCGACGAUCCUGUCGGAGGAUCCAAAGCUGCCCACGGGUCGGUGGCCUUUCGACUGUUCGAGUUCGACCCAAAGAAGCAACAACUCGUCUUCUCUAGUGUCGGUCUGCCUGUUAAAUUCGGGACUCCGCUGGUAGUAGUCCACGCGGAAACGGGCCGAGCUAUCAGUAAGCCGCCUGUGAACUUGACUUUCCAUCGACAAGUACGAGCCAGUCUGUUUGCUAUGGAGGAAUCGGCUGUGCAUCUCAACGCUAUCAAAAGAUCAACAAGACCCCAGUCGGCGCUUGUCUCGUCUAGUAACACUAGCCACAAUAACGGAGAAGUGGGAGCCUUGAGAGCGACAGUGGCGGACCCUACGACUAGGGACCAACAGGAAGCAGAAUCGAGCGAACAAGCUGCAGAAUCGACCAGUCAGGGAGAUUUUAUGGUCGAUUUGGUGGACCAAAGUCAGAACCAAGGGCCGAGUCAGCGUCAAGCGCACGUUCUGACCAACUACCCGAGAGGAAGGAAGCUCCAGAACCUUAAUCCGACCAACAAGCAUCGUCCACGCAGCCGCAAGCAGCAGCAGUCGGCACGAUCGAUGCAGUACAAUGGUCAGCGGCGUAGCUUAGACUUAUCCAGCGCAUCUGCUGCAGCGUUCCGAGCGGCGAUAAGUGACCCAAGGACGCAACAACCGACUUGUUCCUACGGUGACGAUGCCAUCGGAGCGUCUGUCGUCAACAUCACAGACACAACCAACACGUCGUCCGGUCGCGGUCGUCGUCGUGCUGCGAGCUCCUCAGCAUCGGCCAUCCAAGGCUCGAGGUCCAAUGCCUUCUACCGAUCCAUCUCCGAGUCCUACAUGAACAUGGUCUCCGAUAUUACCGACACGCUACAGCAACAGCGUGACCGUCAACGCGACCGUCAGGAGCUGAGACGUCGACAAAAAGCACUGAUGAAAGACCUGCCCAACAUGUCGUUCAAUAACCCUCUGGGGAAGUAUUACGUGGCCACAGUGGAGCCGGUCCGUCACCAGACAACGGGCAGCAACUAUCGCCUUCCGGUGGCUCCGAGCGAUGAAUAUCUACGCUGGGGACAGCCCAUGUCAGUGGUGGCCAAGUACAACGGUCGAGCGUGUGGAAUUCGGCCUCGAGAAUACUACAAGGACAGCGAUUUGUACUUGACGACUGAGGCGACACCGACGACGAUCGUGCCGUUGCGUGAAGACGGCGAUCUCAAGUGCAUGGCCAAGGAGUCGACGCGGUAUCUGGCACAUCUUGAGAAGCGUCAAGUGCACGUCAGUGUGGGGACGUACAACGUCUGGAUGAUGCCUCGCAAGGUGAGCGCGUUCACGAGCUGUUCUCCUAAGAAGAACACGCGUGCGCGACUAAUUGGCGAUCUCUUGCCUCCGUGCGACAUCUGGGUCUUGACCGAGUGCUUCGACUAUCGCGCUCGCGACAUUCUGCUGGACAAGAUGACGGAAGCGGGCUACUUUUUCUUCUCGCCGACGGUGGGGCAUAAACGCAUUAACAAGUCCAACAUGCGCAAGUUGCUCAACGGAGGCGUGUUGCUAGCCAGUAAAUACCCAAUUCUCAGUGUCCGGGUGAAGCUGUUCGAAGGCGCUUGUGCUGGCGCCGACAAGCUGGCUGAUAAAGGCGUUCUGUACUGCAAGAUCUUGAAGGACGGACUGCUGGUUCACGUGUUCUCGACCCAUUUGCAGGCGUGGAACGACCCGCUGUCAAGGACCAUGCGGAAGCUGCAGAUGGACAUGAUCGCAAACUUUAUGCGAGCGAUGGACAUUGACGAGGUGAACGACGUCGUGUUGUUCGUGGGCGACUUGAACGUCGACUACCAUCUGAACAAGACGAACCAGGAGUAUGACGAGAUGCUCAACAUCUUCGAAGCGAAGGACCCGUCCGCUGUGCAUCCACGGAAACUUGGCAACGCGUCCGACUCCGAUAAGAAGGAGUCGGCGGCCGAGUUCAAGCACCUGCGCAAGUACAGCUUCGACCCACGUGUCAACGCUCUGGCGGCUGACGGAUUGAGCACGGACGGCAGUCUCGAGUUGCUGGACUACAUUCUCUACUCCCGCACGCACCGUCAGCCGACGACCGCGUCGAGUUGGGUCCAGCCGCUGACCACGUCGCAGCCGUGGAUGUGGCGCAACCAACCGCAGUACAAUCUGUCGGACCAUUUCCCGGUUGUGAGCGAGUUCACUUUUGAUAUGUAAGAACAAGAUGUGCGCUGAUGAAGGACGCGCUCCCACUUGCAGGAAUCCUUGGGCGGGAUGGUCGUGCCGACGGUCUUCGGAGUGUGAUUGUUAUUUUGCUUGUUGUGUGUUUUCGCUAUUUUAUCGCAAGUACAUUAUGGGAAAUUCAAAGGAAAUUUUGAACUUGGC